GGUGGAGCAGAGGGGACUCCCUGGGGGCUGGGCUGGCUGGUGCUUAGAGCCACCCUGGGGGAGCACGUGGGGGGCACCUCACUAACAGCCCCCCCCUUCCAGAUCACACUGGGCAGAGCCACGAAGGACAAUCAGAUCGACGUGGACUUGGCGCUGGAGGGCCCUGCCUGGAAAAUCUCCCGCAAGCAAGGCGUCAUCAAGCUGAAGAACAACGGGGAUUUCUUCAUCGCCAACGAGGGCCGGCGCCCCAUCUAUGUGGACGGGCGCCCGGUGCUGGGUGCCAGCAAGUGGAAGCUCAACAACAACUCGGUGGUGGAGAUCGCCAGCCUGCGCUUCGUCUUCCUCAUCAACCAGGACCUGAUCGCCCUCAUCAAAGCCGAAGCUGCCAAGAUCCCCCAGCAGUGAGGAGCUGGGCCGGGCCCCCGCUACUGUCCGGUGACUGCUGGAGGCUGGGCCUGGGGCCGCCCGCUCCCCUCUGGCUGGGGGCAGGGCCCGGGGCCGGCUGUACACUGUUCCCUUCCAAAUAAAUGUGUCCAACCUGC